GUUGGAGAGAAAGGAGGGAGAUAGGCCGCUGAGAGACUUGUGCGCAAAAGUCCGGAAGGUGUCUCGCACUCAGACUUUCGAGCUGCAGCUGGCCUGAUUCCGUGUGGUAGACGUUCCCGACCGUAGAACACCAUGGCCGCAGCGUCUUUGCUGCGCUGUCUAGCGCUUGUCGCUUUCGUAGCCUCCUGCUGUGUGGCGCGCACACCGUUGAUGCAUCGUGGACGACCGCGGGGCCGCUUCGGCAUGCUGGGCGAGCCCCGUAGCCAGCUGCGUCUGGCCCUCAAAGAACCGAAGGAGCUCUGGAUCACCCAGCCCCGCUGCCAUUUCAACCCAGCCGCCACAGAAGGCUUCUGGAAGCAGCGGUACUUUGUGAGUGACGAGUUCUACCGUCCCGGAGGCCCAGUGUUCCUGCUGUUCGGCGGCGAAGGCACGGCAUCGGCCAAGUGGCUCACGGCGCCCACGCACAUCAUGCUUCUCGCCAAGAAGUACGGCGCGCUCGUCUUUCAGCUCGAGCACCGCUACUACGGACUCAGCUGGCCCACACCGGACAUGACGGUGGCGAAUCUGGAGUAUCUGACCAGCGAGCAGGCGUUGGCCGACGGAGCGUUCUUCAGGGACGCCAUGGUGGAGAAGUACUCUCUGGGCCCCGACAGCAAGUGGGUGGUGUUCGGUGGCUCGUACUCGGGCUCGUUGGCUGCCUGGUUCAAGCUCAAGUACCCGCACCUCGCCGUAGGAGCAGUUGCGUCGAGCGCGCCGCUAUAUGCCGUAAUCGACUUCAAAGAUUACCUUCGCGUAGUGAGGGACUCGCUGGCAACCACGGGCCCUGAGUGCAACAAGCAGAUCGAGCAGGCGGUGGACCACCUCACCUUCCUGGCUGCCUCGCCCGACAACUGGCCGGCCAUCAAGGACAUGUUCAAGUUGUGCACAUACUUCAACGGUUUCAACGCCAACAACAUGGCCAACCUGUUCCAGAGCUUGGCGGGUAACUUCGAAGGCAUCGUUCAGUACAACAAGGACGCCAGGGAGUUCGAGGGCGGGGACAACACCGUCACCAUCGACACCCUGUGCGACGCCAUGACCGACCCGAAUGACGACCGCACCCCUCUGGAGCGGUUUGCGCUGGUCAAUGAGAUCCUACUAAACGCUACCAAGCAGGAGUGCCUGGACUACGACUACGACGCCUUCAUCAACUCGUUGAGGGAGAUUCAGUUCAACAGCACCGAGGGAGCCGGAGGCCGGCAGUGGACCUACCAGACGUGCGUCGAGUUCGGCUACUACCAGUCGUCGGACCUCAAGGACCAGCCAUUCGGGUCUCUUUUCCCAGUCGAGUUCUUCGUCAAGCAGUGCAAGGACAUUUUCGGAGCCCGCUUCGACGACGCCCUCCUUGCCAGUGCAGUGCGACGCACAAACACCUUCUACGGUGGAUUCCGGCCCGCCGUUCACAACGUGACGUUCCCCAACGGAUCCAUCGAUCCAUGGCACGCACUGGGCGUCACCAAGGAUCUCGCAGAAGACGUGACCGCCAUCUACAUCAAUGGGACCGCCCACUGUGCAGACAUGUACCCACCCUCGGAGCAUGACGUGCCCGAACUGACAAGAGCGAGAGAGCAGAUCGAAUACCUGGUCGGCAAGUGGGUGGGAGCCACAUCGUAAACCCACCGCCUCGCCACCACCAUGCAGACAGGCACCGGGCAGAAAUAAAGGAUGCACAGUUUUAUUUCCAACUAUGCAAUCUCGGAAGAGACCGUCUCGUCUCAUGAAAACUGCGCACUACGUAUAAAUAAUAAAACCAUGCUUUACAUAUCGUGCACA